ACCUGAGACAUAUCAUAUACGUGCCCUCAAUCUUAACCACCACCUUUACAUAGUGUUCCAAGUGAUUGAUCUAAGACUGUAUGAGUCAAAUUGUUUACUUGCUUGGCUUUGUUAUAAAGCUUUAAACCAUCACUUGUUAGCCAUUCACGCAUUUGCUUACUCAAAAUCAUAAUCCUCAAUAAUCAACAUGCAUGCUUUGGCGAACAUUCUGAUACUUAUGAUGCUAGUAUCAUCUUCUUUCUUACAACUAUUGAAUCCAACACAAACCCAAGCUAGGAACUUAGUUUCCCAUGUGUCAUUCGAAGCUGAUCUCAUUCGUCGCGGUUCACCACUCUCUACUGAUAAUAACUCUAAAAUGACGCUACAACAACGCCAACUAAGAGCAACCCUAGGCUCAGUCUCACUUGGCCAUAACAUUCGACUGUCUUCUUCAUACUUCAACGAAAAACAUGUUCAAACAGAUUUAAUCCCCAAUGGAGGUGAAUAUCUCAUGAAGAUCGCCAUUGGAACUCCACCUGUGGAAUUCACACCUGUUGUUGACACUGGGAGUGACCUCAUUUGGCUCCAAUGCUCACCUUGUCAGCGUUGUAUACAUCAAGAGUCUCCAUUCUUCGACCCCGAAAUUUCUUCGACGUAUCGUACCAUCCCUUGCAACUCGCAAUCUUGCACUUAUCCAGAUUUAGAUAGUGGUUGUAUUCCAAAUAGUAUCACUAAUAAUGAGUCAUGUGUUUAUAUAUCUAUUUACGGAGAUGGAACGAAAAGUACUGGUAUCCUAAGCACAGACACCAUUAGCUUCCCUUCAGCAACUUUUCCAUCCUUGAUUAUCGGGUGUGGGUAUGAUCAACAAGGUCAUCUCGGUAUCCAUGGGGAUGGUAUCGUUGGGCUUGGGCUUGGGCCAUUAUCACUAGCCUCACAAUUAGGCCCAAAUACUAACCAUAAGUUCUCCUAUUGUUUGACACCUCGGACUUCUAGUGUUGCUGGGAAGCUUAAGUUCGGGGCUGAUGUAACAGCCUCUGGAGUAGUAUCAACUCCCUUUACAACUCAAGACCCUCCCACAUUCUAUUUCCUCACUCUCGAUGGUAUUACCGUUGGAAAUAGUUCUGUACGGGUAGGCCGGGAUAUGAUCAUCGAUUCUGGUACCACACUGACUUUCCUACCAACUAGUAUCUAUGACAGCAUUAAGACUGCUGUAAAGGAUGCUAUUGCGGUUACAGCAGUGCCAGACCCGAACAAAGCUUUCGAGCCUUGCUACGAGACGCUUCCCUCCGGUGUCCCUGAUAUGGUGUUUAAUUUCAAAGGGGCUGAUGUUGUGUUAAAGAAUGUCAACACUUUCAUAACAGUUGGGAGCCUGAGUUGUUUAGCAAUUGUACCUUCAGAUGAUUCUUUCAUGUUUGGGAAUAUUGCGCAAGUUAAUUUUGAGGUUGCCUAUGACUUCAAAGCAAAGCAAAUAUCUUUUGCUCCAACAGACUGUACCAAAUAUUAGUAGCUUAACUACUACUAUUAAUUGUAUUCAAAUUGAUAUAUGAUUUCCUUAAUUUUGAUUACUUAUGAUAAUCCAUUAUGUUUUGUUUCA